AUGGAGCGCAGUGUGAUCCGGCUGAGUCACUGUCAGAAGGAGAUCUUCUGUUUCUCUGUGCCAGAAGAUUGUCCGAGCUGCGGGGAGGUGCUGAGGGGAAACAGACUGCAGGAAGCGCCGGUCAGCCUUCCCUCCCCCUUCACCAACGGACACAAGAGCUCCUGCUGCCUGCUGGUUGCACCUGCACACAACAACCCGGGCAGAGAGUUUGAUGGGACAUCAGAUCUGCACACAGGCAUCUCAAACACUAAAGGAGUUGUGUAUAACUACACUCGGGGUGGGGUCCUUAGAGAUCAGAGUGGGUGGGAGCGCUGCGUCAGUGUUCCUCUGGUCCGACCUGACAUGUUCCACCUGCUGGCUCAGUGGGACCAGUACCUGGACCACUUUUCUGACGGAUCCAUGUGGGACCCCGCCUGGCACAGGUUCGACGAGGAGCACCAGAACUGCUUCACUUACUGUCUUCACUUCAUUAACAGCGUCCUGGCAACGGAGGGGCGGAGCUCUCUGAGCAGAGAGACCUUCACUCACAGCUUCAUCCUGCCGAGGAUGAGGAGGGUCUCCAAGUACACCACGCUGUAUGACCACAUCCAGAGACAUCAGUACUACAUGGUGGACAGACAGGAGGACAUACAGGACGACAAACAGGAGGACAGAGCAGUUUGA